AUGAGUGGACAGGUGAGUGGCACAGGGAAGAAGACUUGCCUGGACAAGGCUGGCCUGCAGAUGGCCACCAAUGGCAUGGACAGGGUUGGUCUGGAGAUGGAUGGAGCAGCCCACAGCCUCAACAAUGGCAGUGGCAGCAAGAUGGAUGACAGCAACCUGCCUGCCUGGAGAAGGCGACGCAUGCCUGGCAUUCCAGAAGAAGAGGAAGAGUUGCCAGAACACAUGUGGGGAGCAAACUCCCAGAGCUCAGGCACCCAGCCUGCACAAGGCAGUUCUGGCUUGCCUGCAGAAGGCGCUCAAAAGUUCCCAGUCGAAGAGGUCAUGCAAACCAUGUCAGAGCUGCAG